GAAUGCAUCACACAGACAAACCCUAUGGGGCAUGGGCUAUGGCAUCCAAAUCCAAAACCCAGAACAGAAGAUUAAAACAUCGUCUCGUUUCCAUUCUUAAAACAGCUAAAUAGAUUUUCUUCCCAUCCCUCUUGGCCCUUACCUUCCUCUCUCUCUUCGUGUCGCCCCUCUUUCUGUAUGCAGAAUAGAUAGAUACGUUCUCUAUCCCUAAAGCAGUUUUAAGAAAAAAAAAAAAACAACAACGUCAAAUAGCAUGAACCUAGCUGGUCAAAGCAACAGCUCUUCGAUCAUGAAACGGGCCAAGAACAUCACACUCUCUUAGAAACCCCUACCCCUGCCCAUCAAUUUUCCUCAAGGUAUACAUGGAGUUGGGACAUCAUGCAUCUUUUGAGAAGGGUUCAAGCACAAGUACAAGUAUGCAGGGUGUGGGGUUUUUAGAUAGGCUGCAUGCAAAGCCUCAACAUGAAGCUGCAAGUGAGAUGGGUAGUCGUGGUGUUGUGGCAGAUAUAGAUGUUGACUCGAGAGAAAUAUAUUUUUUAAUCAUGCAUUUUUUAUCUGCGGGGCCAUGCCAAAGGACUUUUACACAGCUGUGCAAUGAACUUAUGGAGUAUCAGCUUUUGCCUAAGAGAUACCAUGCCUUUUAUUCAAGGACUGGUGAAGUUACAGGAGAUGAAACUGAUGAUGGCAUUUCUUUCCCUUUAAGCUAUCAAGGUGCUGCCCAAAGGUAUUCUCAUAUCGAAAAAGAUCACUUGGUGAAGCUGCUGAAGCAACUAAUAAUGAAUGUGGCUCCAUCAAGGGGUAUAUAUGGAAGAACGGCUCCUACUGCUGCUGAUGUUCCUACUCUGCUUGGAAUCGGGCCUUUUUCACUUCUUGGAGUUGGAGUGGAUGCUGCAAAUAAGAAGACAUUGGGAGUGCCAGCAUAUCUGCGUUGGCCCCACAUGCAGGCUGACCAGGUGCGUGGGAUUGGGCUGCGGGAAAUUGGAGGCGGUUUUCCAAAACACCACCGCGCUCCAUCCAUCAGGUUGGCAUGUUAUGCCAUUGCCAAACCAUCAACCAUGGUGCAAAAGAUGCAAAACAUUAAGAAGUUAAGAGGACACAGAGAUGCUGUCUACUGCGCAAUAUUUGAUCGCUCUGGGAGAUACGUGAUCACGGGAUCAGAUGACCGUUUGGUCAAAAUUUGGUCAAUGGAAACUGCGUUUUGCCUUGCCAGUUGUCGAGGGCAUGAGGGUGACAUUACUGACCUGGCAGUAAAUUUAAACAAUAGUUUGGUGGCGUCUGCAUCAAAUGACUACAAUAUUCGUGUUUGGCGCUUGCCAGAUGGGAUGCCUAUUUCUGUUUUGCGGGGGCAUGUAGGUGCUGUUACUGCCAUUGCCUUUAGUCCAAGGCAUAGCUCUGUUUUCCAGCUUUUAUCGUCAUCUGAUGAUGGUAGCUGUAGGAUAUGGGAUGCAAGGUACUCCCAGUGCCGGCCACGUAUUUAUGUCCCUAAGCGGACUGAUGCUGUUGCUGGGAGUAACAACAACGGUGGUGCUUCCUCAGCUAAUGGGCCUUCAUCAAGUAGCAGCGUUCCACAAAACAACCAAAUACUUUGUUGUGCUUACAAUGCAAAUGGAACUGUGUUUGUCACGGGUAGCUCUGAUACAUUUGCAAGGGUUUGGAGUGCUUGUAAACCACCGAAUACCAACACAGAUGAUUCACAACCAACACAUGAAAUUGAUGUAUUGGCUGGUCAUGAGAAUGAUGUGAAUUAUGUACAAUUCAGCGGUUGUGCUGUGGCUUCAAGGUCUUUGACUUCAGACACCUCAGCCUCAACAGAGGAGAAAGUACCAAAAUUCAAAACUUCCUGGUUUAGCCAUGACAACAUUGUUACCUGUUCCCGUGAUGGCAGUGCAAUUAUUUGGAUUCCAAGAUCACGCAGAUCUCAUGGAAAAGCUGGACGGUGGACACGGGCGUAUCAUCUGAAAGUGCCGCCUCCACCAAUGCCACCUCAGCCACGACGUGGAGGUCCACGUCAGAGAUUCCUUCCAACUCCUCGUGGAGUUAAUAUGAUUGUAUGGAGUCUGGAUAAUCGUUUUGUGCUUGCUGCCAUUAUGGAUUGCAGGAUUUGUGUCUGGAAUGCUAGUGAUGGCCGUUUGGUACAUUCCUUGACUGGUCAUAGUGAAUCUACAUAUGUUUUGGAUGUUCAUCCUUUUAAUCCCCGUAUUGCAAUGAGUUCUGGGUAUGAUGGGAAGACGAUAAUAUGGGAUAUAUGGGAAGGCAUACCUAUCCGCAUAUAUGACAUUGGGCGUUUUAAGCUGGUUGAUGGAAAAUUCUCCCCGGAUGGGACUUCAAUUGUGCUUUCAGAUGACGUCGGCCAAAUUUGCUUGCUAAGUACUGGACAAGGAGAGUCACAGAAGGAUUCCAAAUAUGAUCAGUUCUUCCUUGGUGAUUAUCGGCCUCUUGCAAGGGACGCUCAUGGAAAUGCCAUUGAUCAGGAGACACAGCUUCCUCCCUACAGAAGAAACAUUCAGGAUGCUCUUUGCGACUCCAGCAUGCUUCCAUAUCCAGAACCUUAUCAGAGCAAUUACCAGAGACGGCGGUUAGGUGCACUGAAUUUGGAGUGGCGGCCACCAUCAUUAAAGUUUGCUAUUGGGACAGAUAUCGGUUUGGGUGGUCAAGAAUAUCAAAUAUUGCCUUUGGCUGACUUGGAUGUGGUGGCUGAGCCGCUGCCUGAGUUUCUAGACGCCAUGUUCUGGGAACCUGAAAAUGAUGUGAUUGUUGAUAGCACGGAUUCAGAGUACAAUGUUACGGAUGAAUGCUCCAGUGAAGAUGGGCGUGAUGGAAACACCUCAACCGAUGAUGAAGCAGAUACCAGUCCAAGUGGAGGUGGAGGAGGAGGAGGAAGUCACAUGGAUCAUCAUGAUGAUUCCCGUCGAAGAUCAAAAAGAAAGAAACCCAAAGAUUUGGAAUGGAUGACUUGUUUGGGAAGGGAAAGGCGUGGUGUUAGAAAGAGGAACUCUAACGAGCAGCAGCAUGAAGGGAGAAGCAAACGAACAAAGAAAACAAAAAACAAGUCAAAGAAAAAAGAGCAAGUCACCACCCCAUCAAGACCUCAACGAGCUGCUGCCAGGAAUGGUAAGAAGUUGUCAUCACAGAGCAGUGAGGACGAUGAAGAUGAAGAUGAUGAUGAUGUGUCGGAAGAUGAUUCCUCAGAAAGCGAGACAUUUAUGGAGGAACCGUUGCCAUUGCCAUUGAUUAGCCAAUCAGUUCCACCACCAGCACCAGAAUCGAGAAAGAAACUGGUGCUCAAGUUUUCACUUUCAAAGAAGCCACAAGCUUCUGAAAAUACCAAUACUUUGAGACUUGGUGAAGAAGAAGAAGAAGAAGAAAGCUCAAGACCAAUCAUAAUUAGUGAGCCUGAGCCUGAGCCUGAGGCUGAGGUGGAUCCAUCAACAUCAACAAAUGGGUUGGAUGGACGCAGGCCUACUAAAAUAAGAAUUAAACCAAUGAUAAAGGUUGGUGGAAUGAAAACAGAAGCAGAUGAUAAUGAAGUAGGUCAAAAGAGAAACACAAUCAAGUUUAAGUUGAAUCAACAUAAUAGUGGUGGUCGGCAGAUUAUUAGUUCAAAUGCCAAUGAUUCAUCUGAGCCUGAGGGCAGAACAAGAUCACUCAAGUUUAAAGCAAUUUGCCGUGAAACAGAUGAGAAGAAGCCGAAUCUGAUCCCUUUCAGCAGCAGCAAGUCCGAUGGAAAAACCAAUUGGCUCUUAUUGUCGGCUCAAGAAGAGGGGUGUCGCUACAUCCCUCAGCUGGGUGAUGAAGUUGUAUACGUCAGACAGGGUCAUCAAGAGUACUGUAUACGACAUUCAUCAUCGGAACGUGGUCCAUGGAUGUUAUACAAGGGAAACAGUAUAAGAGACGUGGAGAUUUGUUGGGUUGAUGAUGUUGUGUACGCGACUCUUGCAGGGUCUGGAGAGAGCUGUUGUAAAAUAAAGCUUAGAUUUACGGAUCCUUCAUCUGGGGUGUUUGGUAAAACCUUUACGUUGACUCUCCCAGAGUUGGUUGACUUCCCUGAUUUCUUGGUGGAGAGAAGCCGUUAUGAUGCUUCCGUAGAAAGGAAGUGGAGUGUCGGGGAUAAAUGCUUUGUAUGGUGGAGAAAUACAGAGGGAGGUGGAAGUUGGUGGGAUGGUGAAGUUGUUUCGGAGGGUGAUAAGAGUGCUGAGUUUCCGGGGAGUCCAUGGGAAAGAUUUGUUGUCAAGUAUGCAGACGAAGCUGAUGAUGCUGAGAUUAAUCGCCAUAGCUCAUGGGAGCUUCAUCCUCAUAAAGAUACCCAAUGGGAACAACCACCCCAACCCGCCCUUCACCCUCACAUCAGGAGCACCAUGCUCUCUUUGCUUUCUAAGCUACACCACUCAGCUUCAGCUAGGAGGGGUAAUCAGGAUCAGUUUGGGAUCAUCAAGUUAAAACACAACUCACAGAGAAUAGACUUUAUAAAUAGGUUUCCGGUUCCAUUGACUCUGGAGAUCAUUGAGCUCAGGGUAAACAACUAUUACUAUAGAAGCUUUGAAGCCAUGAAGCAUGACAUCACAGUGAUGCUAUCGAAUGUGCGUGCCUAUUUUUCAAACAAUGCAGAAAUGUCCGCAAAGAUGGCACGCCUGUCAGACUGGUUUGAAAGAAAAUUGUCAAAGUUGUACAACGCAACACAGGAUCUUUUAUAACUUAAGGGGAGAAAAUACAUUUAUAUAUAUAAUAUGUAACUAGGUCAUAGAUAUAGCUACACAUCCAUUUUAGGGGAUGGAUGACACAGAGUCUUUCAAGCAUCUUUUCUUUUCUUGAAAACAAACCGAGGAGAGGAGUACUUGGUUUGUACCAACAUUAAUCCAACUUCAUUUUCUUCAAUCAGUAAGCAUCUUGUGCUGAUUUAGCUUAGUAAAGGAGUGGUUUGGAAUUUGGAUGCAUGAAAAUCAAUUCUUCCAGUUUGUUUGCUUC